AUGGGGCGCCGGCAACCGCGGAACCUGUGGGGGGGUGUCCAAAACACAGAAACUGGUGCACAUACGGAUGGUUUGCGGACUACCGUGGUAAGCGGACCCACAGCGGUGCAGGGUGGUCUGCCAGCCGAGCGUUGUGCGGUGGUGGACAAUCUUGCAAGUGGGACGGGUGAGAGGGAUGAAACCCCUGGGAAUAGUGCAAGGAACGGACAGCUUGACAGCAUGCACGCCGGCGAUGUGUACACUGACAGUGUGCCGCGGCACGAGGGAACAGCUGCGCUCACGGAUGCGAACGGUAGUAGUACUGUGGGUGCGAGCACCGUGACCGCAAUCGUGCAAGGUCUGGAUGAAGACGGUGCCAAUAAUAGAGGCGGUGGUGUGGGUGUGAGUACAAUCCCAGGCGGGGCUGAGGGGGAUGGCGUAGAUGCUAGCCUGAAUGUAAGUGCUAUGCCACACGGUAAUUCAGACACACAUGUGGAAGGAAAAGUAGUCAAGGCCGCCAAACGGAUCAAUCGGCGUGCGAAUCUAAAAAAGCUGCCCGCCACCAUGCCGCCCUCAUAUCCGGAGGACAAAAGCAACAGAAGUGAUGGUAAGCCGAGCAGUCGGACGAGCGUAACCAAUAUCACUACCAAUGAUGGGAACAGUGCACGUGCACGCGGAGAGGGUCCUGCACAGCGCUCGCUUACCUACUCGCAUACGUCAAAUGCGGCAGAGGAUUCAGACACGGCGUUUGCACAGAUGCUCGACGCAGAGAUCAAUGGGCGGAGGACGAGGCGAUCACGUGUGCCUGUGACACACAAUGAGAAGACAUCAACUGUAGUGGGGGUUGGUGAGAAGAGCCGUAGUGCUGAAGGAUCGGCAGCCGGUGAGACAACGGCCGCUGGUGAGGAGACGGCAACCAACGCGGAAGGGUCUACCAAUCGGGAGCCGGCGGUUAAACGUACCGCAGCGACGAGAGAGAAGGCUGCGAAGCGUGCGGUGGCCAUUCCAAGGCCUGGGAAAGUUGGGAAGAAUGUGGCGAGUGCUACGGUUGAAAGCAGUGCGAAUAGUGUGAUGGCGGCGGACGAAUGUGAGAAGCUAGAGAGAGGAAUGAGUACUUGGGUGAACACUGGCAUGGAUACUGAGACAGACGCGGGGAUUAGGCAAUUGAUUGAGACACAUACAGGCACGCACGGAGUGCUGCAGGAUUCGAAGGAUGUGAGAAACAAAGCGAAUGAUCGCUCAGAACCGAUUGAGGUGGACGCUGUAGUACGCAUGGAUUCGGAGGGGGAGACUGUGCACGAUAGGACUGAUGCUCUCCAAGUAGAUGAGGGCCCUGGCGAAACAAAUCAUUCACAACCACACACACCUGGGAAUAUGACUAUAGAUGGGAAGACAGAUUCACACGAAUACGCCGGAAUGGGCGCUGUGGCUGGGAGAAUGGGAGGAAAAACCAACAACGCAGACCCCGAUCUACCCCAAAAGGGACAAGUGCUCACGAUACCAGGAGACGCAACCGGAAAAGCGAGAAGUCAGAAACACGGGAGGGAUACCAAUAAUCGCAACUACAAUCCACACCGACAGCACUGGGCGUAUGCAACGUAUCUGCCAAAAGCAACCAGUACGGCUUCGGAAGGUGAGCCGUCUUCUGAGAAUCGGAGUGGUCGCCAUGGCAACGGGGAGCCGGUGGGCGUGCUGAGCAAGAAUACACAAACGGAUAGAGUCAUCGAGACGCCCGAUGUCGGAACCAUCACUGCUGCGCUCAAUGGCACAUUGAACAACACCCUCGCACGCACAUCGACUACCUCUAUACUGGGACUUGUCGCUGUGGAUUCGCUACCUACCAGCAAACACACCAUUGCGAAUGCGACUAAUGCCCCGGAGCUUGAAUCAGCGCAGUCUAGUCUGAGGGUCUCGCAGCCAUUAAGCUCGCCUACACCAGACUACCAGGCCCAGGGCCAAUAUCACCGCGACCAGUACCAAGCCCAGGUGAAAGCCUGCACGAGUCGAAGCAAGCGAGCCCGCUCCGCUGCCGGUGCGGACGAGCCAGCCCUCGUGCUGCAGAAUAGACGGUGGUCGACUCGCGCCAAGAAGCCUGUGGAAUACCAGGAACCGCAUAUAUACGAUAUCGGUGGUGUGUACGCGGCAGGGCAGCCCCGCAGCCACAACCCACCGACAAAGGUUGUACCGGAGGGCACGCUCGAGCUGGAAAAGGAGCUCGAGGGAAGGGCGUUGGUGGCACUCACGGCCAGUGAUAGCGAGAGUGACUACGGAGAUAACUCCGACGAGGAGGAUAUAUCUGUACCUGAGACGGCGGUGAGACCAGAGGGGUCGCUCGUGCCGUUGGUGGUAGAGAAGCAUAUGUCGAAACUGAAAGCAGAACCGGAAAGCGGGACGGGGAAGAGUAUCACGGGUGCUGGGGGGGGAGGUAAGGGUAAGGGUGCAGCCGGUUCAGGUACGCAGCCACAGAAGAAGAAGAAGCUUUUGCCCAAACAGAUCAACUUCAUCCUGCCUAUACCGCCAGUAACAGGGCACAAGAGUGUGACAUAUGGGGGCAGGCAGGAAGCAUCGACAGCCAAUAAAUCUGGUCGAAACAACCCCGGCAGGCAGACUAAGACCGAGAAGUUGAUCGAAAACACAAACUACAGCGCCGAUGUGGCACUGGAAGUGGUGCGGACAAUUAACAAGCGAGUUCUAGCACUGGACAAUAAUCGAGGAGCUGGCCCGAGCUCGGCGAUCGCACUUGAAAUCGCGGCGCAGGUGGCGAACGAAGAUUUGGUCGCUGAGAGAAAUGUUGUGAGGCAGAAGAAAGGGAAGGUUGCCCCUCCCCCGGGCGAGAAACCGUAUGCGUGCCGUGUGGAAGGUUGUGGGAAAACGUUUAGAUAUUCACAGAAUCUGAACGCCCACAGGGCUGUACACACGGGUGUGUAUCCGUACCCGUGCACGUGGGGGAGUUGUGAACACAAGUUUGUCAGCCAACGAGACCUUUCGAGACACACGAGAUCGUCACAUACCUUCGAGAGGCCGUUUAAGUGCCCUGAGCCCGAGUGUGGCAAGUGCUUCCCACGGGCGGAUACUUUAACCAUCCACCAGCGUACACAUACCGGAGAGAAGCCAUAUAUUUGUUCAUGGGGUGGGUGCAACCGUGCCUGCGGUACGCAGAGAGAACUCGUGCGACAUGUACGCACUCACACUGGGGAGAAGCCCUUUGAAUGUCCGGUGGAGGGGUGCACACGUCGGUUUGCAGACGCCAGUGGUAGAAAUCAGCACGAGCGCGCACACAACAAACCCUACAAAUGCCCAUACGGACAGGAGUGCGACAAGUCCUUCGCCUCCAGGGCCGGUCUGGUACAACAUUUGCUUAUGCAGCAUGGUCUCGUGGUAGGGGUGGUAACCAAUGUGAACAAUUAAUCAGGAAUAGCAUCUCUGUCUGAGCUCUCGCACAACAUUUAUACUCGGCACUGAAAGUAGGAAUGAAGCGUUCUACUAUUCGGUGCGGCAGUAUUGUUUCAUGCUUCUACACCGCCGAGGUAGUCACGCUGACUUAAACCGUACGAGCGCUGAUAUACAUGCAGACCGGACGGGUUUCUACCUCUAGUAGGAACUAUCACGGAUGACGAUGAUGGAGACUUGGGAAGAUCCCUACUCUAGAGGAAUGAGCAGUAAAAGUGUAAGAUCCCUCACGGCUCAUAUGCCUGGGUAGGUAUUUCAUAAACAAAAAGAGUUGAGCAG